CUCUGUUCAUGGGAAUAUCUGCCAGUAUCAAUGGCGCCAUCAAAUACACUGGCAAACUGGGAGAGGCUGGGCGAUAGUUUCUACAGGAAAGUCCCGAUAUACGACGCUAUCUUCGAUGAAGAUGUCGAACUAGAGAACUACAUCGUUGCAGGCGCUCCAUACGGAGGGGCUCUAGCGUUGCAUCGCGAUGAUACCAAGCCGUACAGGUUCCGUGAUGCUCAGACCGCCAGGUCGAGCAUUGGUAUCUACUCGUCCUCAGGAAAGCUGAUUAAUCGACUUAAUUGGGAGCAUGGUACUAUUCGAGGGCUCGGCUGGUCCGACAAAGAAGAGUUGUUAGUGAUCACGGAAGAUGGCACCGUGCGACGCUAUUUCGGACUAUAUGGAGAUUUCACUUCAUUUUCUCUUGGAAACGGAGCGGAAGAAUAUGGAGUCAGAGCCUGUCGCUUUUGGACUUCCGGCUUCGUUGCUCUCCUCUCAAAUAACCAGCUGGUCGCGGUGUCUAACUAUGACGAGCCUCGACCGAAGCUCCUAGCCCAUUGUCCUGAAGGAGAGGUUUCAUCGUGGUCACUAAUUCCACCUGCUUUUACAUUGUCGCGCUCGGUCGAGGUACUUCUAGCAGUUGACAAAACUGUAUACCUUGUUGAUCCCACGGAAGCAGAGGACAAAGUGCUUCAAAACGGUCCUUUCAAGCAUGCCAGCGUGUCGCCAACCGGAAGAUUUGUGGCUCUCAUUACGGCGGAAGGCAAGGUAUGGGUAGUCAGUAGUGACUUCCAGAGCAAGUACAGCGAAUAUGACCCCGAAUCUCGCGUAACUCCCCGGACGGUUGACUGGUGUGGCGAUGAUGCUGUUGUCAUUGCGUGGGAGGAUGAAGUGCACUUGAUUGGCCCCAACGGCGUUGCCGCUCGCUACUACUAUGACGGCACUGUCCACGUCGUCCCCGAGUUUGAUGGCGUGCGAUUGAUCACGCAUGACACAUGCGAAUUUCUGCAUAAAGUUACUGAGGUAACGGAGGCGAUCUUCCGCCUCGGGUCUACCUCCCCUGCCUCAGUCCUGCUGGACUCAGUCGACUUGCUGGAAAAGAAAUCUCCCAAGGCCGACGAGAACAUUCAGCGAAUCCGUUCAAGUUUGCCAGAGGCCGUUGACACUUGCGUUAGGGCCGCGGGUCAUGAGUUCGACGCAUAUUGGCAGAAGAGAUUGUUAAAAGCUGCGUCAUUCGGAAAGUCUGUUCUGGAUUUAUACAACAGUGACGAUUUCGUAGAAAUGACCGAGAAACUACGAGUCCUUAAAGCAGUCAGGGACUACCAGAUUGGGCUCCCAAUCUCAUAUGAUCAAUACAUGCGGUUGACUCCGGAAAAACUUAUCGAACGUUUGGUGAAUAGACAUGAAUAUCUACUUGCCAUCAAGAUCUCGGAAUACCUGCAGAUACCCGCCGACAGGAUUUACGUUCAUUGGGCUAGCCAAAAAGUCAAGGUCUCAACCGUUGACGAUGAAGCUGUCUGUAAGCUUAUCGUGCAAAGAUUGGAUGGCAAGCCGGGGAUAUCGUUCGAACUGAUCGCACAAGCCGCUUACGAUGAAGGGCGUGCGCAACUGGCGACCCAGCUGCUGAACCACGAGCCGCGGGCCGGCAAGCAGGUUCCACUACUUCUGAAUAUGGAGGAGGAUGAAAUCGCUCUUGAUAAAGCCAUCGAAAGCGGGGACAAUGACCUAGUAAGCUAUGUGCUUCUACGUCUCAAAAGCAAACUCCCCCUGGCCAGCUUCUUCAGAAUGAUUAACAGCCGACCUAUGGCUUCUGCCCUUGUGGAAACGACCGCUCGAGGUGACGAUACCGAACUACUAAAAGAUCUCUACUACCAAGACGACCGUCCGAUCGAUGGCUCUAAUGUGCUCCUCUCAGAAGCAUUGGCUCAGACAGAAUUGCCGCACAAAACGGAGAAGCUGCAGCUUGCCUCUCGGUUAUUAGUUGACUCUAAAGACGCGACAGUAGUCUUGCAGCAAAAACUUCUUUCCGAAGCAUCACAGUUGUUGAAGGUUCAGGAAGCCUUGGACAAGGACAUUGCAGAUCGGUCGGAGUUUGUGGGUCUAAGCUUAAACGAGACUAUUUACAGACUGAUCCGAUCGGGCUACGGCAAGAGAGCACAGAAGCUUCAGAGUGAAUUUAAGAUGCCGGACAAGACAUAUUGGUGGCUUAGACUAAGGGCUCUAGUUGCCAAACGAGACUGGGGUGAGUUGGAAGAGAUCGGCAGAAACAAAAAAUCGCCGAUCGGAUGGGAGCCUUUCUAUGACGAGAUACUAGGUGCUGGAAACACGAAACUCGCUUCGUUUUUCGUCCCCAAAUGCACCAAUUUACCAGUCGAAGACAAGGUGGAAAUGUGGGUGAAAUGUGGAAUGAUCGUGAAAGCCGGGGAGGAAGCCUUCAGGGCCAAAGACUUCAAUACCCUGGAGCUCCUCCGGACAAGAGCUUCGGGGCCAGCUGUCGCUGACAUUGAUCGAAUGAUCAACCAGCUUAGGCCAAGGAAAUAGUUGCCGUGACCAGCCUGGUAUCUCCUUUGCACUGUCGCUGUGACAUCUCAGCUGAUAUCAUCGUCCACGUCAAUGUCUGCGUGUUGGUCGACCGCCGGGUUUUGAGCCACGUAUGUGGGUUGCGGCUGCGGCUUUGUUUUCUUAGGGGCCGCGGAAACAUCAGCCAUAGCGUCAUCGUCAUCAUUAUC